CUCUUGCCUCCUUCUCCAACCUGUUUGCGCUCUCUCCCCGCACUGCACUAACCGAGCGAAGGGGGGAAGCGGUUCCGUGACUCUGUGCCCCGCAUGGACACCCUCACCGUGGCCCCUCCACAGCCCGUCACAGGAACUGCCGCGCAGCCUGCGACUGUCACACAUGCACUGUGAUCCAGGAGAGCUGUCCCUGCUGUGCCCCGGCGUGUGCCCCGUGUCCCUGCCCUGCGAGCUGUGCUGGGGGAAGCAUGCCCUGAGGGUCACGAUGCAGAAGAGCGUGCGCUGCAACGAGGGCCACGCAUCCUACCUGUCCCUGCUGGCCCGCAAGGAGGGCACCAAGAGGGGCGUCGUCAGCAAGAAGGGGACCGAGACGAGCAGGUGGCACGAAAAGUGGUUCGCGCUCUUCCAGAAUGUCCUCUUCUACUUCGAGACGGAGCAGAGCGCCAGAGCCUCGGGCAUGUACCUGCUGGAGGGCUGCAGCUGCGAGAGGGUCCCGCCACCCAUAGUGGCCAGCGGGGGCAAAGACACCAUGGAGAAGCAGCACUAUUUUACGGUGACGUUCGGCCAUGAAGGGCAGAAGCCCCUGGAGCUGCGAUGCGAGGAGGAAUGUGACCGUGACGAGUGGGUGGAAGCUAUUCACCAAGCAAGUUAUUCGGACAUCCUCAUAGAGAGAGAGGUGUUAAUGCAGAAGUAUAUUCAUUUGGUGCAAAUUGUAGAAACGGAGAAAAUUUCAGCUAAUCAACUGCGGCAACAGCUUGAAGAUCAAGAUACGGAAAUUGAAAGACUGAAGUCAGAGAUUAUAGCACUCAAUAAAACAAAGGAACGGAUGCGUCCCUACCAUAUUAACAAUGAAGAUGAAGAUCCAGACAUCAAGAAGAUCAAAAAGGUUCAGAGCUUUAUGCGUGGUUGGCUGUGCAGAAGAAAGUGGAAGACAAUUGUUCAAGAUUACAUAUGUUCUCCACACGCAGAAAGCAUGAGGAAGAGAAAUCAAAUUGUCUUUAACAUGGUUGAAGCUGAGGCAGAGUAUGUCCAUCAGCUCUACAUCUUGGUCAACUGCUUCCUGCGGCCUUUGAGAAUGGCGGCUAGCUCUAAGAAGCCUCCUAUCAGCCACGAUGAUGUAAGCAGUAUUUUCCUCAACAGUGAAACCAUUAUGUUUCUUCAUGAGAUAUUUCACCAGGGAUUGAAAGCAAGAAUCACUAAUUGGCCUACAUUAAUCUUAGCGGACUUGUUUGAUAUUCUGCUACCAAUGCUGAACAUCUACCAAGAAUUUGUUCGGAACCAUCAGUAUAGUCUGCAAGUGCUGGCAAACUGUAAGCAAAACCGAGAUUUUGACAAACUACUCAAGCAGUACGAAGCAAACCCGGCUUGUGAAGGGAGGAUGCUGGAGACGUUUUUGACCUAUCCUAUGUUCCAGAUACCUCGGUACAUCAUAACGCUCCAUGAACUCCUGGCCCACACGCCUCAUGAGCACGUCGAGAGAAAAAGCUUAGAGUUCGCACAGUCGAAACUGGAAGAGCUGUCGAGAGUAAUGCAUGAUGAAGUCAGCGACACAGAAAACAUAAGAAAAAACCUUUCUAUUGAAAGGAUGAUAGUUGAAGGAUGUGAUAUAUUACUAGACACUAGCCAAACGUUCGUACGCCAAGGUACUCUCAUUCAGGUCCCUUCGGUGGAAAGAGGGAAGCUUAGUAAAGUUCGCCUAGGACCUUUGUCUUUAAAAAGAGAAGGAGAAAGACAAUGCUUUUUAUUUACCAAGCACUUUUUAAUAUGCACAAGGAGCUCAGGGGGGAAACUCCAUUUGCUUAAGACAGGUGGCGUUCUGUCUUUGAUCCAAUGUACAUUGAUAGAAGAACCGGAUGUGAGUGAUGAUGAUUCAAAGGGCACCGGAUAUGUCUUUGGACACCUGGAUUUUAAAAUUGUGGUGGAACCUGUAGAUUCUACACCAUUCACAGUGGUACUUUUGGCUCCUUCACGUCAAGAAAAGGCUGCUUGGACCAGUGAUAUCAGCCAGUGUAUAGAAAAUAUAAGAUGCAAUGGGCUGAUGAACAAUGUAUUUGAGGAAAACUCCAAAGUCACUGUCCCCCACAUGAUCAGAUCGGAUGCCAGACUUCAUAGGGAUGAUGUUGACAUUUUCUUCAGCAAAACCCUAAAUUCGUGUAAAGUCCCCCAGAUCCGCUAUGCAAGUGUGGAGCGCCUUUUGGAGAGACUCACUGACCUGCGCUUCCUCAGCAUUGAUUUUCUGAACACCUUCCUGCACACAUACCGGAUAUUCACCAAUGCGUUUGUCGUACUGGAAAAGCUAUCUAAUAUUUACAAGAGACCUUUCACUUCUAUUCCUGUCAGAUCCUUAGAACUGUUCUUUGCUUCCAAUCAAAACCAGAGUGAUGGGAAGUCACCACACCUGUGUCGGAAGUUCUCUUCUCCUCCACCACUGUCACUCUCAAGGACAUCAUCACCUGUUAGAGCUAGAAAACUUUCACUCAACUCCCCAUUAAACUCUAGGAUUGGGGCUCUGGAUUUAUCCACCUCUUCCAGCGCUAGCAGCCCUUCUUCGAUUUUCAGUCCUGCAACUUCUCCACCACCCACAACCAAUAAAGUACCUUUGGAUCUUAGUAAAGGAUUGUCAUCACCAGACCAAAGUCCAGGACCCAUGGAGGAAAACACAGAAAACCCACGUAUUGAACUGUGUAACAAGCUACGGAGAAGCAUUCGAAGAGCCGCUGUUUUAGAGUCGGUGUCUCUGGACAGGGCCAUUCCUGAAAGCAGCCAAUCUUCAGAUACAGCAGAAAAUUCUCCAUGCCGAUCUCCAACAACUCCACGCCAUCUCCGCUACCGUCCUGCAGGAGCAGUGCAGACCUCUGACAAUCCUCGUUGCUGUUCUGUCUCUCCUGCCUCUGCCUUCGCCAUUGCCACAGCUGCAGCCGGACAUGGAAGUCCCCCAGGUUUUAACAACAUGGAGAGAAUGUGUGACAGAGAGUUCGUCAUACGCAGGGCAGCCACAAAUAGAGUCUUAAAUGUUCUGCGUCACUGGGUGUCGAAACAUUCACAGGAUUUUGAAUUAAACCAAGAGGUAAAGAUGUGUGUGGUGAACUUGCUGGACGAUGUUUUGCGCGACCCAGAUUUAUUACCACAGGAGAGAAAAGCAGCGACCAAUAUUCUAAGUGCCCUUUCUCAAGAUGAGCAAGAAGACAGUAACUUGACGAUGGAAGACAUCAUAAGCAUGUCAGAGAGUCCCAGAUCAGAGUGUCUGGAGACAUUGUCUGCCAUGGAGUUGGCUGAGCAGAUAACUCUCUUAGAUCAUAUAGUGUUUAGAAGCAUCCCAUACCAAGAGUUCCUAGGCCAGGGAUGGAUGAAAACCGAUAAAACAGGAAGGACUCCGUAUAUUAUGAAAACCAGUCAACAUUUUAAUGAUAUGAGUAACCUUGUUGCCUCGGAAAUCAUGAGCCAUCCUGACGUUGCAUCAAGAGCUAGUUCAAUCGAGAAGUGGGUGGUGGUGGCGGACAUCUGUCGUUGCAUGCACAACUACAAUGGGGUUCUGGAGAUCACAUCGGCCUUGAACAGAAGUGCAGUUUACAGACUGAAGAAGACAUGGGCUAAGGUCUCUAAACAAACUAAAGCACUUAUGGACAAACUCCAAAAGACUGUCUCAUCUGAAGGGAGAUUUAAAAACCUCAGAGAAACCCUGAAAAACUGUAAUCCGCCUUCAGUGCCGUACCUCGGAAUGUACUUAACAGACCUUGCGUUUAUUGAAGAAGGAACGCCAAACUUUACAGAAGAUGGCCUUGUAAAUUUUUCAAAAAUGCGAAUGAUAUCACAUAUUAUCAGAGAAAUACGCCAGUUCCAGCAGACCCCAUACCGCAUAGAACAUCAGCCGAAGGUCACUCGCUUCCUUCUGGACAAGUCUCGAAUUCUGGAUGAAGAUACUUUGUACGAAUUAUCCUUAAGAAUUGAACCGAGGCUGCCAGCAUGACUACUUUUAAUGUGUGUAACUCGAGGCCAGACUUUGCUUUGACUUCCCAAACGGAAUUAUGCAUGUCGUGCCCAGCGUAAAGCAUCGGCGAAGGACCAUGCCUCCUUUUCAGUGGCAGCAUACGGUGCCCGAGGUGCACAGAAAUGCCUUUUAAAGCUCGGAUGAAGAAGAGAACUCAAAGGAGUUAGAAUAACGGCUAGAUGCCUGUGCUUCAAGAGACCCCUCAUCUAAAGGAGGACCUGCUUUAUACAAAAAAGAAAUGAAUCAACAGAAACUCAUACUGACCUUACUGUGAAAGUUUUACCCUCUUAAGUUGGGGUUCAAAAGCCUGAGAGCAGUUGAUUGCACGUGCUUUUAGUCCAUGUAUGUAUGUAUGUAAUGUAUGUACAGAUCCUAGGGGUUAAGAGAUUUGUGUUGAGAAAUACAGGAAACUAAAUAUAUGCAAGUUCUCAGUUGCAUGUCAUAAUAUGUUUCUCUUUCACAACCAUCAGAAAGAUAUGAGAUAUGUCCGUGAUAUGAAGCUUCCCUGCUAAUUCUGGACUGUCGACAUGAAGGUGACAAAGGUGGUGCGUUGCAGAUUACUAUGGAUAAUAUUAGUUACCUAGCGUGAGAGAAGGUUUUGUCAUUGAAAGAAAAGCAUAACUGAUAUCAGAUUGUGAAAUAUCGGACGCACACUCAUUAGCAGACUAGGAGAAGACAUGUUUUCAUAGUUUUCAAGCCUUUCCACCAAUGAGUAUAUGUUAUGUUGACAUGCGCAGUAAGGAUUGUCUUGUGUUCCGCUUUUCAUUUUAUGCAGAAUUUCUAAGCACUGGGGAUCGCUCACCUUAUUGUUACUUUUUUGUAAUGCAUCUACUACUGAUAACUUAAUAUCUGCCAGUUAUUUUGCUUGGUAAAGUUAGUUGUUUUCAAA